CAGAUAUUAUUUCUGUUUCUUUUGUUCCCUCCCCUCUUUCCAUGAUUCCCCAGGAAACAAAAGAUCAAUUUUGUGUGGGGUGGCAUAAGCUCCACCUCAUUCCCCUUCUCUUUUCCUUGCAACCAUCUACAUCCCUCCCUCCCCCUUUCUUUCUCUCUCACACGCACACACUCUCUCUUUCUCACUCUCACUCCCAGUGACACUUGCAUUCUGUGUGUGUAUGCGUGUUUGUCAGGCUGAAGGAGUCGAAAUAGAACGUGAGGGAGAGAGAACGAGAGUAAGUGGGAGGGAGAGUGGACAACAGGAAAAAGAGAGAGGGAGGGGGCAUGUGUGUACGAUUGUUACUCAAGGGCAGGGGGAAAGAAUAAGAAAAUUGAAGUAGCCGCCAUAUGCUGUGGAUUUUUCUGAAUGCUGAAGUGACACACUCUUUUCCUGUUGGGUGUAGAAAAAAAGAUGGGAAGCUCGCAUUUGCUGAACAAAGGCUUGCCUUUAGGCAUUAACAGAGCAGAUACUCCAAACCUCCUUGUCAUAUGUCAUCAGGUAUUAGACCCCCUAUAAUGAAUGGACCAAUGCACCCACGGCCACUAGUGGCCCUGCUAGAUGGGCGGGACUGCACCAUUGAGAUGCCCAUCUUGAAGGAUGUAGCCACAGUGGCCUUUUGUGAUGCUCAGUCUACCCAGGAGAUCCAUGAAAAGGUACUCAAUGAGGCUGUGGGUGCCUUAAUGUAUCAUACCAUCACACUCAUGAGAGAGGACCUUGAGAAAUUCAAAGGACUUCGAAUUAUUGUCCGCAUAGGAAGUGGCUUUGACAACAUUGAUAUCAAGUCUGCAGGAGACCUAGGUAUUGCCGUGUGUAACAUGCCAGCUGCAUCUGUCGAGGAGACGGCUGACUCCACCCUCUGUCACAUCCUGAACCUAUACAGACGAACCACAUGGUUGCAUCAGACUCUGCGGGAGGGCUCUCGGGUCCAAAGCGUAGAGCAAAUCCGGGAAGUGGCAUCAGGAGCUGCGCGGAUCCGAGGAGAGACACUAGGAAUUAUUGGUCUUGGUCGCGUUGGUCAGGCAGUUGCACUGAGAGCUAAGGCCUUUGGAUUCAAUGUGAUUUUCUAUGACCCAUACCUUUUAGAUGGGAUAGAAAGAGCCUUGGGCUUACAAAGAGUAAACACCCUCCAAGAUCUUCUUUUCCAUAGUGACUGUGUCACACUCCACUGCAGCCUGAAUGAGCACAACCAUCAUCUCAUCAAUGACUUCACCAUCAAGCAGAUGCGUCAGGGUGCAUUCCUGGUGAACACGGCAAGGGGGGGAUUAGUGGAUGAGAAGGCCUUGGCACAAGCCCUAAAGGAGGGGAGGAUACGUGGAGCAGCCCUAGAUGUCCAUGAGACGGAGCCCUUCAGCUUCAGUCAAGGUCCACUGAAGGAUGCCCCAAAUCUGAUCUGCACACCACAUGCAGCCUGGUACAGCGAGCAGGCAUCCAUAGAGAUGAGAGAAGAGGCAGCUAGGGAGAUCCGCAGAGCCAUUACAGGUCGCAUUCCGGACAGCCUGAAGAACUGUGUUAACAAAGAAUUUCUAAACCAAACUACACAUUGGGCAAGCAUUGAUCCUUCUACAAUUCAUCCAGAACUGAAUGGAGCAUACAGCUUUGCUCCUCAAAGCUAUAUUGUCAAUCUUAGGUAUCCGCCUGGUGUAGGAAGCCUUGCCUCUGGAGGGCUGCCUCCCCCCAUUGAGGGAAUUGUUCCGAGCACUGUGCCCAUCACACACAGCUUGCCAACAAUGACGCAUCCACCACAUGCCCCAUCGCCCGGAAAUACAGGCAAAUCUGAGCCUGACAGAGAACAGCACCCCAAUGAGCAGCUGUAGCUUCUCUGCUAAAGCUGCUUGUUUGACUGUCUUAAAGAAGAGGACAAAGUCAUGAACUUGAACAACUGGCAACAUUUACCAUGGAAUUACCUUGGUCUAAUUGUGACUUGUUUUGUUUCAUCACCUAAAAAUAAGAAUUGUACGGAUUCAGAGUGAAAAGAAAAUAGUCUCUGUAAAAGAACCCUACUUUGUAGUUUGUCUGAGUACAGUGGGCAUUUUUUAUCUGUUGUGUCGCUUGGAUUCUUGUUCAUCAAAAUUACAUAACAUGAAUGUACCCUGGUUUACAUACAGUUGAAACAUUUCUUAAAUUAUUCCAACUAUUAGUUCUAGUAAUGUUAAAAAAAUGCUAUCUUUUAAGGCCCAGCCACACUGACAACGAUAACUAUGAUGGUAACUGCAACUGUAACUACAUCAGCGUCCACAUUGUCCAAUGAAGGAGAAAGCCUAAAAAAUAUCCUUCAUAUUUCAAUGAUUAAUUUGAUGUAUUCUGAUGAGCUGUCAUUAAGACACUUGCUCUGAGUGAUGCCCAACAAUAUCAUUCAUCAUGUUGCUCUUGUUGUAGUGUGGGGUGUGAACAUUGACAUUUUUAUGAACUGACUGUAUUUAAAACUAUUGUUUUUACAUUCAUAGGUUAUGUUAUGUUUUUAUUAUAGGUGUAAUUGACAGUGUGGAUGGGUCUUUAUACUGUAUGUUUUAACGUUCCCCAGCAAGCCCCAAAUGAGGCAGUUUUUGCACAUCUUCUCAGGAAAAAAUAAUUCCCUGGCCCCCAAGCCAUUUAGAGUGUUGUGAUUUGUUAGUAUUGACUCAAAAAUAUUCAUAAUGUGACUUUAUUCACUUAAAGGAGCAUGUAUUCUUUUCUGUGUGAAAUGAUUACAUCAUUGAUAAAAAAAUGUAUUGUGCAAAGCCAACUUCAUGCUUGCCUGUCCAUGUGUGAAUUUAUUGUUACAUGUUAAAUAAAUAGCAUUUUGCUGCAAAGAAUAGUGGCAGCAGACUAUAUUGCCUACAUUGAUAUCUUCCUGGUAACGUGGUAGGCUAGCAAUACAUGUCUAUCUAUCUGUCUAUCUAUCUAUCAAUCUAUCUGUAUAUACAUAUACAGACAUACAAACACAUUCAGAUACACACAAACACAUACAAAUAUAAAAUAUUAUUUUUUGUUAAACAAACUCCAAAAAGAGGUGUUUGUGACCGUAUGCAUUUGUAUGAAUUAUUUUAGAAAAUAAAUAAAACAUCAGUAAA